AUGGCUGAGAUGCACUUGCAACAGAAAAGCAAGGAUACAUUGGUGAAACUUGGUGAUUAUAACACCAAGUACUUUUGCUCAAUGAUCAAACAUCAAAGACUGAAGCAGGAUACUACUCAAUUGAAGGAUGCAACAGGCAACUGGCAAACUGAUCCUGAUAUUAUAGCUUCCAUAUUUGUAGACUAUUACAAGAAACUACUAGGGAGGAAGAGCAAUCACAAAAUUAAAGCAUUUACUAGUAUUCUGAGAAAUGGUCCAGUACUGGAUACCACACAUCAACUGAAAUUGUUGGAGCCAUACACUGAAAAGGAGGUCAAACAUGCCAUAUUUCUAAUUGACCAGAAAAAGAGAAAAGACAUCACUGAAGCUAUAUUGGAAUUCUUUCGGAAUGGCAAACUGUUGAAACAAAUAAACUCUACAAAUAUAGCUUUGAUUCCAAAGACUACAGUACCUGAAAAUGCAAGUCAAUAUAGGCCUAUAGCUUGCUGCAAUGUCCUAUAUAAGGGUAUAUCAAAGAUGAUUUAUAAUAGACUUAAAGAGGCAAUUAGUGUAAUUGUGGCUGAUAAGCAGUCUACCUUUGUACGAGGGAGAUCCAUGGUACACAAUGUUUUGAUAUGCCAUGACUUAUUGAGGCACUAUGGUAGGAAGACCACACCAAGAUGUUUGAUAAAAAUUGAUCUUAGAAAAGCCUACGAGAUGCUCUCACAUUUAAUAUUUACAGAUGAUCUUAUGAUCUUCUGCAAAGCAAAUUCUAGUUCUGUUAAAAGAGUUAUGGAAGCCUUGGCCAAUUUCAGUGAUGUAUAUGGGCUGGUUGCUAACAUGGAGAAGUCAAGUAUCUUUAUGGCUGGGAUUGAUGACCAAACCAGAGAUCAAUUGCUGGAUAUAACACAAUUUACGCAGGGCACCUUUCCAAUCAAAUAUCUUGGUUUGCCUUUAUCUUCCAAGAAAUGGAACAAGAUGGAAUGUCAGCAAUUAGUGGAUAAAAUCACUAGUAGGAUCACUACUGUUUAUUCAAAGAAGCUAUCCUGUGCUGGGAGACUACAAAUCAUAGUUGCAGUCUUAUUUUCAAUCCACAACUUCUGGGGUUCUGCCUUCAUCUUGCCUCAAAGUAUUCUUUAA